ACCAGGCCGCUGCGCCUUCGCUCUCUCAGCUGCUCCGGUGUAGCGGCGGUGUAAAUUGAUACGUAAAUUUAACGUUAGCCGCGCUGGGUUGGAGGAAACAACCGGCUACGUCUCGUGUGUGAUUAAUUAAAACUGUUUUCUCUCGCUGGGCUCAACCGGCGACUCCUGUAUUGUCAGGACGAGCCGGCUCCGUGGACCGCGGUGCCGCGCAAACGAAAUUAGUGUUUACAUUUUUCGACGGAUAGCGUUAACAGCAGGCUCUGGUGGAGGGGUUAGCAUGCAGGCUAGCUAACAGUUUGUGGAGCCGACACCGCUUUAAAUCGCACUGCCUGAAAGUAUCUCUGUGUGUUGCCUCGGAUCGAGUCCCACACAUUGUGAUCAGCUCAAUGCCGGGGUUUUAAACCAUGUUUCGGUCACAGUUGUCCUCUUGUGUGGAGCGUUUAUUAGCGACUCAACACACUAGCCGCCACCUAUUGCAGGCUUCCCUAGGGAGUUCAAGUCCAGUUGGCUCUUUAUCGUCAGAGGACCAUGACUUUGACCCAACAGCAGACAUGUUAGUUCAUGAGUACGAUGAUGAGAGGACUCUGGAGGAGGAAGAGUCUUUAGAUGGAGGGAGGAACUUCAGAUCUGAGAUUGCAGAUCUAGAAAAGGAGGGGACCAUGCCUUUGGAAGAACUAUUGGCCAUCUAUCGCUAUGAGGCAUCAGCAGGCUCCAGUAUAGACAGCUCCUCAGGAGACAUCACUGAUGAGCUGCCUGACAUGACUUUGGACAAGGAAGAAAUAGCUAAAGACUUGCUGUCUGGAGACUACGAGGAGGAGACCCAGUCCUCAGCUGAUGAUCUGACCCCUUCAGUCACCUCCCAUGAGGCCACUGAUUUCUUCCCAAGAACACUUCGAUCCAACGCCAUCUCGGAUGGUGACAAAGAGUCGGAGUGUGAUGAAGAUGGCCCAAGCCCAGAAGACUCCAGAAAGGAAAUAAUGGUGGGAACACAGUACCAAGCAGAGGUUCCUUAUUGCAUCUGUCACUACAAAGAUGGGGAGAAAGUUUAUGAUGAUGAAGAUGAGUUAUUGUGGAGCCCAGGUACAAUGGCAGAAAACAAGGUCAGGGGUUUUCUGUCUGAAGUGUUGUCACGAACAACAGAUGAAAAGAUAGGAUUUGACAAACCAGGGAUGCACGUUCGAGACGAUGAGCAGGCAUUGCAUGAGCUUUUCAAGUGCAACUACAACACACGCGAAGCACUAGAGAGAUACUGCAGCCGCAUUAAGUCCUCGAAAGGAAAAUCUCCUCCUUGGUCGGAAGAGGAAUGCAAGAACUUUGAACAUGCACUACAGAUGUAUGACAAAAAUUUCCACCUCAUACAGAAACACAAAGUCCCAACACGAACUGUAGCAGAAUGUGUGGCGUUUUAUUACAUGUGGAAGAAGUCGGAGCGCUUUGACUUCUUUGUGCAGCAGAAUCGGUUUGGAAAGAAAAAAUACAGCAGCUAUCCCGGUGUAACUGACCUGAUGGACAGGCUGGUGGAUGAAGCAGAGGGACUGGCAGUGGACAGUUCCUCAGUGUGUUCGGGAGCUGGUGGAGGAGGAAGACUGGAGACGACCACCGACCAGCUGAGCCUGCUCAACUCCAUCACUGCCAGCGACCUCACAGCUUUGAGUAACAGUGUAGCCACAGUGUGCAGUCCUGCCGAGGUUAGCUGUCUCGACUCCUACAGCUUCCCUCCAUUGGAAAGUCUCCAUCGUGGGUCCCUUAACCACGACGAAUCCCUCGGGUUCCCUUCCAACGGUGCAGACACCGACUGCCUCAACAUGCUCGACGCCGGCUUCUACCACACCGACCUGGGCCAGCUAGGAGGAGUGUGCGUCAACAAGGACUGCGAGCGGCCCUCAAAGAGACUCAAGAUGGCGCUGCCUGACUCCUUUAUCAAUGACGUGUCUGUGGGUAACCUCGGAGUUGACUUCGAGGCGCGACGGACAACGACGCACCACCACCGAAUCACCGGCGCCAAAAUGGCAGUAUCCGUCACAGACUUUGGGAGCUUGGCUGGCAACGGCGAGCCCAAUGGGUUUCUGGGAGCACACGCACGGCAUCACACACAGCACACUGCAGCACUUCAAUCAGAGUGAUCUUCCUCCCUUGCUCUUCCCUUUUGAAACCCCUUAUCUUGCUUGUACAUAAGACUGACCUCACUGGAGAAUCCAAUUUGUUUAAAUUCUAUUAUAUAUAUAUAUAUCUAUAUAUAUGUAUAUGAAUAUACUUUGUUUUCAUUUUUUGUGUAAUAUGACAUCAGUGAUGUCUAUCAUAUAGAACUAAAAUCUUGAUUUCUCUCAAGAGUUUAUAUAGCCAUUUAUUUUAUUUUUUUGCGGUCUUGAGAUGUGGAACGUCCAUGUACAGUUGGGCCCAGCGGCUGCAGUCGGAGAGUUGUGUAUCUUCCUCCCUGACAUCUACACACAUCUUCACAGCUACAGUAUGUUAUCCUGCCAUUCUUUCCAGCUGCCAAAACUGGCUUAGUUCUCUGCCUCUAGUUUUUAGCAUGUAGUUGCCUGCUUUGUUUUUUGAAGUGGUACUUUCUUUUCCUUUUUAAAUUAGUGUUCGGUUUACAGGUACUUUUCAGUAACCAGACUAGUCCUAAUGAUUUUAUUUGUCUCCAAAUAAAAUGGCUAGAUAUUGUAUGAAGAACAACACUAGCACAGAGAUUAGCUUGAAGACCAGGAUGUUUUUGGCUUCAGCUGCUGAGACGUUCCAACUUGGUUUUCCUUCUUUUUUCUUUUUUCUUAUCUCCUGUGGAAGCUUUUCUUUAGUUUAUUUUUUAAAUCGUUUAAAGUGGCCAAAUUGGAACAUCUGAAUGUUUGCUACAGUUCAUAUUAUUAAUCCUUCUAGUCAAACCCAAAUUAUAGUCAACGAUUUUAUAUAUUUUCUAUUCUAAACGGGUGAAAAAUUACUUGUCCAGAGUAAAAUGGGAGUCAUCUUGUUUUACUGUUGGAUAUCAAGUUCUUUUUUAAAUAUAAAUCCUGCCUCUUCCUUGGAGGCUAUUGGUCCGACAAACCAUAAUGGCAAUACUGCAAUGCAAGCAUAUUAGUUGGGUUUAAACACCGACAUCAACUGGCACAGUAAAGUACUUUUACCUUUGAGAUUUAAUUAAAUCCUUUCAGCUCAUGUUGUCAUUCUUAGGCAACUUGAGCUGUGUAUGUUCAUAAGUUAAAUGUUAGAUUAUGUUCCUGAAUCACAUAGCGCCCCUUUCAGACCACUUAGCAGUCUUAGGUAAGCCAGCUAGCAGUAUUAUCUCUUUAUUUAAAGCCACUUCUGAUUUUUGUAUUCAACCUCUGCCUAACAUGUACUGAGUGUAGAACACCUCGUAUAAUCGGGUCUACAAUUUCUCGGAGUCUAGUAGCAGAGAUGGAGCCGUAUUUAUCUUGACUUGAGUCCAUAAUUGUGAACUGUAAAAUGUUUAGCGGGUCAUUGUCAUUGAGUUGGAUGCAGUAGUAGUGUUUACUUAAUUUAUGCAUUGUGCUAUGACAAAUUAGUUUGUUUCAGGGGUUCAUCAUGUUCGUCGUGCCCAUAGUUGUAGUAUUUCACCGUUUUGUAUGUACAGACAUGAUUCACGCCUCUACGUCAUCUUUUAGGUUCGCUCAAGUAAAUUCAGUUUCCAAGCCCAGCAUCAUCAGAGAAGAUAUUCACGUUCGCGUUUCAUGUAAAUAAUUAGCAAAUAGCCUUUAAAAGUCUAUUAACUGACCUCUUACACUUGUGAAUCUGUGUUGAUACAAAGUUUUUAAUUUGAUUCCUUGUCAAAAAGGCAAUAAUUUGUAGAUAUGUACAGAUAUAUUUUGAGUUCCGCAUUUUACCGGUUGACUUGGUGUUUGAAUUUUGUUUUCUUUCUUUCUGGAAAAGUCAUGAUACCCACACACUAGGACAUGGCUGAAACCACGCAUGCCAGCUGCGUCCGCUUCUCAAGUGUACCACUCAAAACGGCUUUACCCGAAGACGUAUUGAUAUUACUCAGUGUUGCAGUUUUGCGUUUGAAACUUGCAGCCGUGUGUAAAAGACGCUCAUCUUCUUCUUUCCUUGAAAAAACUCUUUUUACAUGUCGUCUAUUUGUCUUGAUGGUAAAGGGAUGGCUGCUGCUCUUAAUGUAUGUGGAGAGCUCAUUUCUCUUUGAAUGCAAUGUGCAUAAUGCAGUAGGUCCUCCAAGCUCUUCUAGCUUUAGCAGUGCAGUGAUAUUUAUUUCACCUGUGGUUUGUACAAAGACUCAGAAAACCUGUCAGAAUGUUAAGGCCAUUAAGUAGUAGAAGUAGGUUUUUCACCACCCUGUGAACUCUCAAAAAUGUGAUAUUUUAUUGAUAUGAGACUUGUGUGUGCAAGCAAGCACUAAACAAAUUUAUUUUAUAUUUUGUAUUGUGUUUUGAAGUUUAAAAAGACAAAAUAUAGCAGUUGUUUUGAAAAAGAAAACUCCAGUCCUUUGACGAAAACAAAAACACCUUUGUGAAUAAAAACCUACAAAACUUAAAAAUGUAUAUCCAGAAAUAUAGACAAUCAAAAACUUCACUAUGAGAAUUGUUCAAGAAGCUAUCUUUAUUGUUUAUAAGAAUUGUACAUAAACAUUGAGUUUUUUUUUUUCUUUUGUUAAACAUUAUUUUGUAUUUUCUGUUGUACUUUAAUACCUUGUGUACAGAUCCAGAAAUAAAGCUCUGGAAAAUGUUCA